AUGGAUCGCCAUCAAGUCCUUGAGGAAUUUGCUGACUGUAUGAAAGAUCAGGAAGCGAUUGAGAGUACGUUUGAUAAAUUAGUGAAAGAGAAACGAGCGGAUCUGUACAAGAGUGAAACGGAUUUGAAGAAGAGAACGGAUAAACAUAAGAAGAGAAUCAAAUCUUGUUUGGCCAUGUUGAACGCGUUAGAAUCAACAUCCUCAUCAUCGGAUAAUGGUGCGGCUGAUGAGAAUUUACAAUUGGCUGAGAAGAAGGCUCAACUCAAACACAGUUCAAAGAAGCUCGAGAUGAUCGGUAAACAAACGUUGAAUACGGGUGGAUUUUUUGUAGAGCAAUUUCUCGGAAAGGAGUAUAGUGUUGUUUUAGUGGGCGACGAUUCGAGAAAGUUUAAUUUCAAAAAGGAGUAUGAGACUUUCAAGUACAAGUGUACUGUUCUGAAUAUUCCAAUCACGUUAUUGUUAGCCUUCUUCUUUCAUUCCCGAGUGUUGGACACUUUUUAUCACUUGUAUUUGACAUACUUUUAUUUGACAUUGGCCAUCAGAGAGAAUAUCUUGGCAGUGAAUGGAUCUAAUAUCAAAGCCUGGUGGAUUAGACAUCACUAUUUGAGUAUUGUAUUGGUCAUUACGUUGUUGACUUGGCCAGAAACUGUUCUUUAUCAAGCGUUUAGGCCUUACUUUUUACUUUAUGCUCUCUAUGCUUCAAUUGUGCAGGUUUUACAGUACAAGUACCAGAAAGAUCGUCUCUAUGUAAGAACAGCUAUUGGAAAGUCAAGUAUGAUGGAUGUGGCAAAUUCUGAUAGUUCCCAAGUCGUUGUUGAAACUUCUCUCGCUCUCUUCUUCCUGUUACCUUUCAUUUUCUUGGGACAAUUAUUCCAACUCUACAAUGCAUAUCUGUUGUUAGAUAUGGGAUAUUUCAAUACUACGAACUGGAGAGAUGUUGAGUGGCAAGUUUUUGCAAAUGCAGCACUAUUCCUCAUCUUGGCUGUUGGUAACUUUGUCACCACCGUCGAGGUUUUAGUUAAAAAGGCAAAGAGAAACAAGAAGAAAAAACAGCAAUAA